UCCUCGCUCUUCCCAUUGGAAUCGCAGUAGCAGAAUCAGAGUGCUUACAGUAUGUAGGCUAUGUGACUGCCAGACCCCUCUUUCUCUCUGACACCGAUGCGGUGGCACUAGGUAGCAGAUUGUCAAACUGCGGGGUGAGGAGCCGCGGAGGAGACGUAAACCCAAUAAUCAGUGCCACAGGGCCGUCUAUCAACGUGGCUGCAGUACAGCAAUCUGACACUGGCAUGCGCACUGCAGUUUAGAGUCAAUUCGAGUCUCCUCAACUGGAGCCACAGGCAGCAGUGACUAUUCCGAUAACAGCCGUCCCCAGUUCCUGUUUCCGCCGCAGCUUUUUCCAACCGAAUUUUGGACCAAAACAUCGCCGCUGCGUCAGACUUCAACUUCGUCAGGCCUCCCCUCUCGGAUCUCCCGGUGUGUCAAGUGAAGAAGCCAGGCCAAACACAUGAAGUAAUCAGGACCGGAGGAAAAGGUGACAUGUACAAACCAGGUGCAACCAGCAAGGGGCAAGGAGUGGAACGAUAAACACACAGUCACCAAGGAGCACGAAAAAACAGGAGGUGGAGACCCCUGCAGGACAGGAUAGGAACAACAGCCAGGAGCCUUAGUCAGUCAGUGAACCCUCUGAGGAGAAAAACAUGCUCUAGCACAAGAAGAGGGGACUGGUCGGAAUACUCACCAAAGAAACACCCAAUUGUAUCCCCUUUCACGCCUUCCACAAAACCCCUCGUCUCUCUUACUACCUCCCUCCCCCUGCCCUGCGGUGCCAGAGAGGAUGCCCUGGUGGGUAUUGUGACGGGGCGCGACGGUGUGUGUGGGUGGCCAGGCUGAACUACGAUGCGGCCCUGGGCGGGCUCGUGGCGCUGGAUCACCCUGGUGUUGCUGGCGUGGGGCACGCUGCUCUUCUACAUCGGGGGCCAUCUGGUGAGAGACAGCGAACACCCUGAGAGAUCCAGCCGCGAGCUAUCUAAGAUCCUGGCCAAACUGGAGCGCCUCAAGCAGCAGAACGAGGACCUGAGACGCAUGGCAGAGUCCCUCAGGAUACCUGAGGGCAAAGUAGAAGAGGGAGGGGCCCUGGCUGUGGGGAGACUACGCUCGCUGGAGGACCAGCUGACCAGAGCCAAGCAGAAGAUCCACAGCUUCCAGAGACUGACCGGAGAUGGUCCAGGCCCCACCCAGGAGGAGCUGAGGCGGAGGGUAGAGAACGGUGUGAGGGAGCUCUGGUACUUUGUCCGCAGCGAGGUGAAGAGCCUGGGCCAUGUGGAGGCCGGGGAAAGGCCCAGACAGGCUGACACCCUGCUACAAGACCUGGGACACCAGCAGAGGUCUAUCAUGACAGACCUGUACUACCUCAGCCAGGCUGAUGGAGUGGGAGACUGGAGAGUGAAGGAGGCCAGGGACCUGUCUAACCUGGUGCAGAGCAGGAUCACCUACCUACAGAACCCCCAGGACUGCAGCAAGGCACGUAAGCUGGUGUGUAACAUCAACAAGGGCUGUGGCUAUGGCUGUCAGCUGCACCACGUGGUCUACUGCUUCAUGAUCGCAUACGGCACCCAGCGCACCCUCAUCCUGGAGUCCCACAACUGGCGCUACGCCACAGGUGGCUGGGAGACCGUCUUCCACCCCGUCAGCAACUCCUGUACCGACCGCACUGGGGUGUCUACAGGGCACUGGUCAGAUUUGUAUAAACCAAGGAUAGGACCCAAGAGGAGGCCAGUUGGAUCAAAUAAGGGUGAGGCCCAUGACAAGGACAUCCAGGUGGUGGAGUUACCCAUCGUGGAUAGCCUACACCCCCGCCCCCCGUACCUGCCCCUGUCCAUCCCGGAAGACCUAGCCCAGCGUCUACACCGUCUCCAUGGUGACCCGUCUGUGUGGUGGGUGUCUCAGUUCGUUAAGUACCUGGUGCGUCCUCAGGCCUGGCUGGAGAAGGAGAUUGCAGACACCACAGCCAAGCUGGGUUUCAAGCACCCCAUCAUAGGGGUCCAUGUUCGACGGACAGAUAAGGUGGGGACGGAGGCUGCGUUCCACCCUAUAGAGGAGUAUAUGGUGCACGUGGAGGAACAGUUCCAACACAUGGCCAGACGCAUCCACGUGGACAAGAAACGAGUCUACCUGGCAACAGAUGACCCCUCACUACUGCAAGAGGCUAAGACGAAGUACACUGACUAUGAGUUCAUCAGUGAUAACUCCAUCUCGUGGUCAGCCGGCCUUCACAACCGCUACACCGAGAACUCUCUGAGAGGAGUCAUCCUAGACAUACACUUCCUGUCCCAGACCGACUUCCUGGUCUGCACCUUCUCCUCACAGGUGUGCCGCGUGGCCUACGAGAUGAUGCAGACGCUGCACCCGGACGCCUCCUCCUUCUUCCACUCGCUAGACGACAUCUACUACUUCGGUGGUCAGAACGCCCACAACCAGAUCGCCAUCUACCCCCACCACCCCCGCAGCCCUGAAGACAUACCCCUGGAGCCCGGUGACGUCAUCGGCGUGGCGGGGAACCACUGGGAUGGCUACUCGAAAGGGGUCAACCGUAAAAUGGGCCGCACCGGCCUCUACCCGUCCUACAAAGUCAAGGAGAAGAUCGAGACCGUAAAGUACCCCACGUACCCUGAGGCAGACAAGCUGCUCUCAAACUCCCAACAGAAGUGAAGAAGAAAGGGAAAGAUGAAAAUAAAAAUAGAGAAAUAGACUCUGAAUCAGUGAUAGAACAGGGGGAAAGGGGGGGGGGGGUCGUGUUUAGGCUGCACUGAGAGUCUGUGUGUGUUGUGUGUGUGUGUGUGUGUGGGUCUGUAAAUUAUGGAAUCUUGCAGCUGCCACUACAUCGUCCCCGUGCACACAGAUUAUGAUGAAAAGUAUCAAUCAAACAUUGAUUUCAAACGAACCGGAAAACAAUUAAACGCCCGUAGCCGACAACGUGGACUGGGAAUGGAACUAGCAAAUCGGGUCGAGCCUUGGAUCAAGGGCUGAAAAACAAUUAUAAACUGGAAGAAAAAAACAUGUUUUCAUUUUUAUUCAAUUAUUUUGGUGGUUUUAAUUCUAUUCUUGUCUUAUUUCUUCUCUCCUGUGUUCAUUAAAUGUACUGUAUCUUGUAUCUUCCCCUUGCCAUAUUCACUCACUGCGUUCCUCCCCUCUCCUUUUGCUCCAAUAGCACUGUCCAACAUCUAGUCUUUCAUGUGCAAUUCCUUUUAUACCACCUUAAUGUCUUUUUAACAAGUGAUUUGAUUUUAACGUGCGUGUGUCUGUUUAGGGGGCAUGACAUGGUGCCUGUCAUCAGUGAGAGGUGUCCUUAUGUCCUUAUUCCUGACUGAAUAGUUGUGUUGUGCUCAAUGAGACUGGUGGUGACAGUUGGACCCUUAGCAGGAACUUGAACCGUGAACUAUGGUGACCAAUAAGUGAAGAUUGAUGAUGGUGAACAAUGUUGAUCUAUGUUGAACAAUAAUACUCUAUGGUGACCUAUGAUUACCUUUGAACUAUGAUGACCUGUAAUGAUCUACGGUGAACUACAGUGCACACAGGAGCACUCUUUAGGCUCACCAAACAAAGCACUCCACUGAGCUAAUGUCCUUUUGACAUCUCUACGUCCGUCUAAGUCCAUCUGUUUGUUUGUUGUAUUUUUUUGUUACUAACAUUACUGUUGGAAAUAUGAGGUGGGGGGGAAAGAGAUGCCUAUGUUGAAAUUGAUAAUGCUAUGUCAUAAGAGGUUUGUAAUCGACCGUGAUAAAGAACUUUGUCAUAGCUUAUGUUCUGGGGGCAUUUUCUUUGAUAACAACCACUGAUCGAGUAAACUUGACAAACCAAG